CCGUUUAGUGUGUUUGCGGUCAUCAAAAUGGCUGCCAGUGACAGUAAAGCUCCCCUUAGAACGGUUAAAAGAGUGCAGUUUGGUAUCCUUAGUCCCGAUGAAAUUCGUCGCAUGUCAGUCACAGAGGGCGGUAUCCGCUUCCCGGAGACGAUGGAAGCGGGCCGCCCCAAAUUGGGCGGUCUCAUGGACCCACGACAGGGAGUUAUUGACCGUCACUCCCGGUGUCAAACUUGCGCCGGUAACAUGACCGAAUGCCCUGGUCAUUUUGGACACAUCGAACUGGCAAAGCCAGUGUUCCAUGUGGGCUUCGUAACAAAAACCAUAAAAAUUUUAAGAUGCGUUUGCUUUUUCUGUAGCAAACUGUUAGUCAGUCCGAAUAAUCCAAAAAUAAAAGAGGUUGUGAUGAAGUCAAAAGGUCAACCUAGAAAGAGGUUGGCUUUUGUGUACGACCUUUGCAAAGGAAAGAAUAUUUGCGAAGGUGGUGAUGAAAUGGAUGUCGGUAAGGAAGGUGAAGACACCACAGGAAAGAAACAAGGUCAUGGUGGUUGCGGCAGGUACCAGCCCAAUAUUAGGCGAACAGGCCUAGACUUAACUGCAGAAUGGAAACACAUAAAUGAAGACACUCAAGAGAAGAAAAUUGCCUUAACGGCAGAAAGAGUGUGGGAAAUUUUAAAGCAUAUUACAGACGAGGAAUGUUUCAUUCUGGGAAUGGAUCCGAAAUACGCGCGUCCGGAUUGGAUGAUAGUCACGGUAUUGCCGGUACCGCCUUUACCCGUGCGACCAGCAGUCGUGAUGCACGGUUCGGCCAGGAAUCAGGACGAUUUGACACACAAACUGGCCGACAUUAUCAAAUCGAACAACGAGCUGCAACGGAACGAAGCUGCUGGAACUGCUGCACACAUUAUUCAAGAAAAUAUCAAGAUGUUGCAGUUCCACGUGGCUACUUUGGUUGACAACGACAUGCCUGGUAUGCCAAGGGCAAUGCAAAAAUCCGGCAAACCUUUGAAAGCAAUAAAAGCUCGGCUGAAAGGCAAAGAAGGACGAAUCAGAGGAAAUCUUAUGGGUAAACGUGUGGAUUUCUCCGCACGUACUGUAAUCACACCGGAUCCGAAUCUUCGGAUCGAUCAAGUCGGUGUGCCCAGAAGUAUAGCACAGAAUAUGACGUUUCCAGAAAUUGUGACACCAUUCAACUUUGAAAAGAUGCUGGAAUUAGUGCAAAGAGGUAACUCACAAUAUCCCGGCGCAAAAUACAUUGUUAGAGACAACGGUGACAGAAUAGAUUUAAGGUUUCAUCCUAAGCCAUCCGACUUGCAUUUACAAUGCGGUUACAAAGUUGAAAGGCAUAUACGUGACGGAGACCUGGUAAUAUUCAACCGUCAACCUACUCUUCACAAGAUGAGUAUGAUGGGUCACAGAGUAAAAGUAUUGCCGUGGUCCACAUUUCGCAUGAACUUGUCCUGUACUUCGCCUUACAAUGCCGAUUUUGAUGGAGAUGAAAUGAAUCUCCACGUACCACAAAGUAUGGAGACGAGAGCGGAGGUCGAGAACCUUCACAUUACCCCUAGACAAAUUAUUACCCCCCAAUCCAAUCAACCCGUUAUGGGUAUUGUACAAGAUACCCUCACAGCUGUAAGAAAAAUGACCAAAAGAGACGUGUUUAUUGAAAAGGAACAGAUGAUGAACAUUCUUAUGUUCUUACCCAUUUGGGAUGGUAAAAUGCCCCGACCGGCCAUUUUAAAACCGAAACCGUUAUGGACUGGUAAACAAAUCUUUUCCUUAAUCAUUCCUGGAAACGUGAACAUGAUCCGCACCCAUUCAACACAUCCGGACGAUGAAGAUGACGGCCCUUACAAAUGGAUUUCUCCAGGAGACACUAAAGUUAUGGUAGAACACGGCGAACUCAUUAUGGGAAUAUUGUGUAAAAAAUCACUGGGUACAUCAGCCGGUUCUUUACUUCACAUAUGUAUGUUGGAAUUGGGUCACGAAGUAUGUGGCAGAUUCUACGGUAACAUCCAGACGGUGAUUAACAAUUGGUUGCUCCUCGAAGGUCACAGCAUUGGUAUCGGUGAUACAAUUGCUGAUCCCCAAACCUAUUUGGAAAUUCAGAAAGCAAUCAAGAAAGCUAAAGAAGAUGUAAUAGAGGUUAUUCAAAAAGCCCACAACAUGGAAUUAGAGCCGACACCAGGUAAUACACUUCGUCAGACUUUCGAAAAUCAAGUAAACAGAAUUUUGAACGACGCUCGUGACAAAACUGGUGGUUCUGCCAAAAAGUCUCUUACUGAAUACAACAACUUAAAGGCUAUGGUGGUGUCAGGUUCCAAAGGUUCCAACAUUAAUAUUUCCCAGGUUAUUGCCUGUGUAGGACAACAAAACGUAGAAGGAAAACGUAUACCGUUUGGUUUCCGUAAGAGAACACUGCCCCAUUUCAUCAAAGACGAUUAUGGUCCGGAAUCCAGAGGAUUCGUCGAAAAUUCAUAUCUGGCUGGUUUAACCCCAUCUGAGUUCUACUUCCACGCCAUGGGAGGUCGUGAAGGUCUUAUUGAUACUGCCGUAAAAACCGCCGAAACUGGUUAUAUUCAGCGUCGUUUGAUUAAGGCUAUGGAAUCUGUAAUGGUUCAUUACGAUGGAACAGUUCGUAAUUCAGUUGGGCAACUUAUUCAGUUGCGUUACGGUGAAGACGGUCUCUGUGGAGAAAUGGUGGAGUUCCAGUAUUUACCUACCGUCAAACUCAGCAAUAAGGCCUUCGAAAAGAAAUUCAGGUUCGAUCCGAGCAACGAGCGUUAUUUAAGGAGAGUCUUCAAUGAAGAUGUCAUUAAACAAUUGAUGGGAUCCGGUGAGGUCAUUUCAGAAUUGGAAAGGGAAUGGGAGCAACUGCAGAAGGAUAGGGAAGCGCUCAGACAAAUUUUCCCUAGCGGCGAUUCUAAAGUUGUAUUACCCUGUAAUUUGCAUAGAAUGAUUUGGAAUGUACAGAAAAUUUUCCAUAUCAAUAAGAGGGCUCCAACCGAUUUAUCGCCGGUCAGAGUAAUUCAAGGUGUACGAGAAUUAUUGAGGAAAUGUGUCAUAGUAUCAGGUGAAGAUAGGCUUUCAAAACAGGCGAAUGAAAACGCCACAUUACUUUUCCAAUGUUUGGUGAGGUCUACAUUAUGCACAAAGUGUGUGGCAGAGGAGUUUAGAUUGAGCACUGAAGCUUUUGAAUGGCUAAUUGGCGAAAUUGAAACACGGUUUCAACAAGCUCAGGCAAAUCCUGGUGAGAUGGUGGGUGCUUUGGCCGCCCAGUCACUCGGAGAACCGGCCACUCAGAUGACAUUGAACACUUUCCACUUUGCUGGUGUAUCCUCCAAAAACGUAACAUUGGGUGUGCCGCGUCUUAAAGAAAUUAUUAAUAUUUCGAAGAAACCUAAAGCUCCCUCACUGACUGUAUUUUUAACUGGGGCUGCAGCCCGUGACGCUGAAAAAGCUAAAAAUGUGUUGUGUCGAUUGGAACACACAACGCUUAGGAAGGUAACUGCUAACACCGCCAUCUACUACGAUCCUGAUCCGCAGAAUACGGUAAUCCCAGAAGAUCAAGAAUUCGUUAAUGUGUAUUACGAAAUGCCUGAUUUUGAUCCUACCCGUAUUUCACCAUGGUUGCUUCGUAUAGAGUUGGAUCGAAAGAGGAUGACGGAUAAGAAACUUACUAUGGAACAGAUAGCCGAAAAAAUUAACGCCGGGUUCGGUGACGACUUGAACUGCAUAUUUAAUGACGACAAUGCUGAAAAACUAGUGCUACGUAUCCGUAUUAUGAACAGUGAUGAUGGGAAAUUCGGCGAGGGAGCAGACGAAGAAGUCGAUAAAAUGGAUGACGACAUGUUUUUGAGGUGUAUUGAAGCUAACAUGUUGAGCGACAUGACUCUUCAAGGUAUUGAAGCGAUUUCUAAGGUAUAUAUGCAUCUGCCACAAACGGAUUCGAAAAAGAGAAUUGUGAUUACCGAAGCUGGUGAAUUCAAAGCUAUCGCUGAAUGGUUGCUGGAAACUGAUGGUACCAGUAUGAUGAAAGUUCUCAGUGAAAGAGAUGUAGAUCCCGUACGUACAUUCUCUAACGACAUUUGCGAAAUCUUCUCCGUAUUGGGUAUCGAGGCUGUGCGAAAAUCAGUGGAAAAAGAAAUGAACGCUGUAUUGUCGUUCUACGGUUUGUACGUAAACUAUCGUCAUUUGGCUUUGCUUUGUGACGUAAUGACAGCCAAAGGUCAUUUGAUGGCCAUCACUCGUCACGGUAUUAACAGGCAGGAUACGGGCGCUCUUAUGAGAUGUUCCUUCGAAGAAACAGUGGACGUGCUGAUGGAUGCCGCUUCACAUGCCGAAGUAGACCCCAUGAGAGGCGUCUCUGAGAAUAUUAUUUUGGGACAAUUGCCCAGAAUGGGAACAGGUUGCUUCGAUUUGUUGCUGGAUGCUGAAAAAUGUAAGAUGGGAUUGUCGAUACCUCAGGCAAAUGGCGGUGACAUAAUGAAUUCGGGCAUGUUCUUUGGAUCCGCGGCUACACCUAGUAUGAGCCCCGGAGGUGCCAUGACUCCUUGGACUCAAGCUGCUACUCCUUAUCUAGGAAACGUCUGGUCUCCACACAAUUUGAUGGGAAGUGGUAUGACACCAGGAGGCCCGGCUUUCUCACCUUCAGCAGCUUCCGACGCAUCGGGCAUGUCUCCAGGAUAUGGAGCUUGGUCUCCAACACCAAACUCACCAGCCAUGUCUCCGUACAUGGCGUCUCCGCACGGGCAAAGUCCAUGUUACAGUCCAUCGAGUCCAGCGUUCCAACCGACAUCCCCCUCCAUUACACCCACAUCUCCAGGUUAUUCACCUAGCUCCCCAGGUUAUUCACCUACAAGUCCCAAUUACAGUCCUACAAGUCCAAGUUACUCGCCGACGAGUCCCAGUUACAGUCCUACGAGCCCGAGUUACUCUCCUACAAGUCCGAGUUACUCACCCACUUCUCCUUCAUAUAGUCCGACUUCCCCAAGCUAUUCGCCUACUUCCCCUUCAUACAGUCCCACAUCGCCAAGUUACUCACCUACUUCUCCAUCAUACAGUCCUACUUCACCGAGUUACUCUCCUACUUCUCCGUCAUAUAGUCCCACUUCUCCCAGUUAUUCACCUACUUCUCCAUCCUACAGCCCCACUUCACCGAGCUACUCCCCUACUUCUCCGUCCUACAGUCCCACAUCUCCGAAUUAUUCUCCAACAUCUCCAAAUUAUUCACCAUCCUCACCGAGGUAUACUCCUACAUCUCCGAACUACUCAUCAACUUCUCCCAGCUAUUCACCUUCUUCACCACAGUACUCGCCCGCUUCUCCGAGUUACUCGUCAUCCUCACCAAAAUAUUCACCAACAUCUCCGAGCUACUCCCCAACGUCUCCGUCGUUCGGAGGAGGAAGUCCACAAUAUUCUCCUACGUCGCCGAGUUAUUCACCGACCUCUCCAAAUUAUUCACCUUCUAGUCCUCAACACACUCCGGCUGCGAGUUCACGUUAUUCACCAUCCUCUCCAAAUUAUUCCCCCAGCUCACCGACUUACUCCCCAACAUCUCCCCAAUAUUCCCCACAUAGCACUAAAUAUUCUCCUACUUCCCCUACUUAUACGCCUACUUCACCGUCUUAUUCACCAGCUUCUCAAGCAUAUUCACCAAAUCCUCCCAGAUACUCGCCCUCGUCACCUAGUUAUUCACCGACCAGCCCCGGGCAGGAUCAAGAUUAAUUAAAAUAGAUAUAGUAGUUUAUUAUGAAUUAUUUUAAUUGAUUAAUUUUUACAUGUUAAUAAAUUUUACUACAAGGUUUGGAACCAAUUACGACAUAAAAAGAAUUGCAAAAAGACUGUAAUUAAGUGAUGGUUUUAUUAUUGAAUAUUGAGAGGAAGCAUUUCUCAUGUUUAGUGUAUAUAGAAUAUUUUAUUAUAUAAAAAUGUUCCAGAACAUUCUUUAAUAAAAAACGAUAGUUUAA